AUGCAGCUCCUUACAGCUGUCGCCCGUGGCUUCCAGCUUAUAUUUAGCGUAGUCGUCCUCGGUAUCUCCAUCGCUAUCGCCAGACAACAAUACGUCGGCAACGUGCCAUCCCAGACUGGCUAUGCAGCCUUCACCGGUGCUCUCGGUGUUCUCGCCUCCCUUAUCGGCAUCGCUGCCCUGUGGGUUGAAAGCUUGAGUGGAAUCAUCAUCUGGGUUCUGGAUGGUGUUACAAGUCUUGCCCUCCUGGCAGCCGGUGUUGUCUAUGCCGUGACUCUAAAGGGCACCAACUGCUCUACCCCCAAUGUCGCGACUUGGGAAAACCCGUUGAUGAGUGGUGGAUGUGUGGGCAAGGGAUCCAGUAAAGUUUGCUACGACGUCCCCUAUGACGCCAAGAACUUUUCCCUUCUUACUUCGCGUUGCAGGCGGGCGGAGGCUGAUUGUGCUUUCAUGUUCCUUGCUUGCAUUGCUACUCUCGGUGUUUUGAUUGCGUCUUUCUUGUCUCGCAACCGUUGA